CCGCCCCGUCCGCGCGCAGGCGCCGCGCUGGCUGGCGGGAGAGCAUGGCGGGGGCCGGGCCGGGCGCCAUCAUGGACGAGGACUACUUCGCGAGUGCUGCCGAGUGGGGCGACGAGGCGGACGGCGGCCAGCAGCAGCAGGAAGAUGACUCCGGGGAGGGGGAGGAUGACGCGGAGGUGCAGCAGGAAUGUCUGCACAAGUUUUCCACCCGUGACUACAUCAUGGAGCCCUCCAUCUUCAACACCCUGAAGAGGUAUUUCCAGGCAGGAGGGUCCCCGGAGAAUGUCAUCCAGCUGUUGUCGGAGAACUACACCGCCGUGGCCCAGACCGUCAACCUGCUGGCUGAGUGGCUCAUCCAGACAGGUGUUGAGCCAAUGCAGGUUCAGGAAACUGUGGAAAACCACUUGAAGAGUUUAUUGAUCAAACAUUUUGACCCCCGCAAAGCAGAUUCCAUUUUUACUGAAGAAGGCGAGACCCCAGCCUGGCUAGAGCAGAUGAUCGCACAUACCACCUGGAGGGAUCUCUUCUACAAACUGGCUGAAGCCCACCCGGACUGCCUGAUGCUCAACUUCACUGUUAAGCUCAUUUCCGACGCGGGGUACCAGGGGGAGAUCACCAGCGUGUCCACGGCAUGCCAGCAGCUGGAAGUGUUCUCCAGAGUCCUCCGCACCUCUCUCGCUACGAUUUUAGAUGGAGGAGAAGAAAACCUGGAGAAAAACCUCCCUGAGUUUGCUAAGAUGGUGUGCCACGGGGAACACACUUACUUGUUUGCCCAGGCCAUGAUGUCCGUGCUGGCGCAGGAGGAGCAGGGCGGCUCUGCCGUGCGCAGGAUCGCUCAGGAAGUCCAGCGCUUUGCCCAGGAGAAAGGCCACGAUGCCAGUCAGAUCACACUGGCCUUGGGCACAGCGGCCUCCUACCCCAGGGCCUGCCAGGCUCUGGGGGCCAUGCUGUCCAAGGGGGCCCUGAAUCCUGCCGACAUCACUGUCCUCUUCAAGAUGUUCACCAGCAUGGACCCCCCGCCCGUGGAACUCAUCCGGGUGCCGGCGUUCCUGGACCUGUUCAUGCAGUCCCUCUUCAAGCCAGGGGCCCGGAUCAACCAGGACCACAAGCACAAAUACAUCCAGAUCUUGGCUUACGCGGCCAGUGUGGUGGAGACUUGGAAGAAGAACAAGCGGGUGAGCAUCAACAAGGACGAGCUCAAGUCCACGUCAAAGGCCGUGGAGACUGUGCACAACCUGUGCUGCAACGAGAACAAGGGCGCCUCGGAGCUCGUGGCCGAGCUGAGCACGCUCUACCAGUGCAUCCGGUUCCCAGUGGUGGCCAUGGGUGUGCUGAAGUGGGUGGACUGGACUGUGUCAGAACCAAGGUACUUCCAGCUGCAGACCGACCAUACUCCGGUGCACCUGGCGCUGCUAGACGAGAUCAGCACCUGUCACCAGCUCCUGCACCCCCAGGUGCUCCAGCUGCUGGUGAAGCUCUUUGAGACGGAGCACUCACAGCUCGACGUGAUGGAGCAGCUUGAGUUAAAGAAGACCCUGCUGGACAGGAUGGUGCACCUGCUGAGUCGAGGUUAUGUACUUCCUGUUGUCAGUUACAUCCGAAAGUGUCUGGAGAAGCUGGACACUGACAUUUCACUCAUUCGCUAUUUUGUCACUGAGGUACUGGAUGUCAUCGCUCCUCCAUACACCUCUGACUUCGUGCAGCUCUUCCUGCCCAUCCUGGAGAAUGACAGCAUUGCCGGCACCAUCAAGACGGAAGGCGAACAUGACCCUGUGACAGAGUUCAUAGCCCACUGCAAAUCCAACUUCAUCAUGGUGAACUGAGGGUUGGGACGCUCCUGCAGAGCUGGGGAAGUCUCCGGAAACAGGCGGCAGUGA